UGGGUCAUGCUAAUGUUGCCUCUUACAAUGGAAAAUAAAAUAAUCAGCUUAUUGUUCUCGAUGUUGUGCAUGGCUUCUCUUUUAGUGGGAGCAAAACUUAGAACAUUCAACGUGAUGAGCUUUGGAGCACAUGGAAAUGGGAUAACUGAUGAUGCACAAGCAUUUUUGAAGGCAUGGAGAGCAGCUUGCCAAAGCCAGGCACUACCCAAUACUGUCCCUGUUGUUAUCGUGCCCUCCAAGAGGACAUUCCUUUUGAACCCUUUGACUUUCAACGGUCCAUGCAAAUCAUCUCAAAUUUAUAUGUUGGUUUCUGGAAAGCUUAUUGCGCCAGUUAAAACAGCAUGGAAAGGGACACAGAAAAAUGCCUGGAUCAUAUUCUCCAAUGUGAAUGGACUUGUUGUAAAGGGCAAAGGAGUAAUUGACGGUCAGGGACCUUCUUGGUGGCCCAGCAGGCCUUGCUUCGAUGACCCGGCCCAUGGUGUAGACUGCAAGGGACCAAUUGGAAUGAUGUUUCGAAGAUGUAACGGGCUGAGAUUAGAUGGGUUUUCAAAAGUCAACGGCCCGGGAAGGCACAUAUUAAUCAUGGCAACUAAUGAUGCAAUUGUCUCUAAUCUUCGUGUAAUCGCCCCUGGGGAUAGCCCUAAUACUGAUGCAAUUGAUAUUUCCAGCUCAACAAGGGUACAAAUUAGAAAUUCUUUCAUUGCAACAGGUGAUGAUUGCAUUGCAAUUAGUGCUGGAUCUUCCAACAUUGAUGUAAGUGGAAUAACUUGCGGGCCGGGCCACGGCAUCAGAGCCGUACCCAUUGUUUAUCCCCCACGUACCCGUUUAUGGGAGCCUGUUUGUAGUAGGGCAUGGUAUCAGAGCCGGUUCUAUCUCGGACCGUGUGAUGACGUACCCAUUGUUUAUCCCCCACGUAUCAGAGCCGGGCUUGGGACACCCAGCCCAGUUGGGUUGGGGCUUUCGAAGGACUUACAAGUGAGGGGGCGUGUUAGAAUACCACUUGUGACUUGCGAGUUGUCCUACAUCGUUCAUAUAUGGAAAAUAGACCCACCUUAUAAGACUAAUGGGCUAUUCCUCCUUCCACCAAUUGGUUUUGGGAUGGAACCCCAUUUAGACUUCAUAUGGACUUUUCCCUUCUUUCAUGGUGUCUUUCAUGAUAGUGGCAUCGGUUCCUUAGGAAGCGGAGGCUUUGACGUUGUGGAAAACGUACGUGUCCGAAACUGCACUUUGAGAAAUACACUAACUGGAGUACGAAUUAAGACUAAUCAGGGAGGAAAAGGAUAUGCAAGAAAGAUUUCUUUCCAAGGAAUAAAAUUUGUGGCAGUGGAUAAUCCAAUUCAAAUCGAACAAUUUUAUUGCCCUCUCAAAGUGAACUGUCAAAACUACACAUCAGCAGUUGCCAUAAGUGACGUGUCAUUUAUUGGAAUAAGCGGGACAUCCAUUGCGAGUAAUGUGAUUAGCCUGAGGUGCAGCCAGAGGGUUGAGUGCACCAAUAUUCGUCUGGAUCGGGUGUACAUAACACCAACGACCCCAGCCAAUAAGGUCACGGCCACCUGUAACAAUGCCCAGGGCAGAGCUACUCGCGGUAUUGAGAGUUUAGGAGAACAUGGUCAAAAUGACCAAAUCGAAAGCGUGAGUGUAAGUGUAACUAACUGCACUUUCAACGGAACCACCAAUGGCGUCAGAAUCAAAACAUGGCAGGGAGGUUCGGGUUUUGCCAGAAACAUAAAUUUCACGAAUAUAACAUAA